GCGCAAAGAAAACAGCAAUAUCAACACCAGUAGCACCAACCGCCGCGUCCUCAGCUCGACGUGGUCAGCAGUACUUGACGCCGUACGAAACGGUACGACACACACGGCACGGCAAGAAGAAAAAAAACACACGAACGAGAACGGAUUACGGAGGUUCCAUAACACCACACCCACCUCGCCCCCUCACUCCCUCCCCUGCUGCCUUUCCAGCACCGUUUCUGCAGCCACCUGCAGUCAUCUGUUACUGUGUAUCCCCACACUUUGGAACCUCAGCCGUUUGUAGCGGAUCUGCAACCCGUCAAGGGAUCUGGCAAGAUCAGGAUCAAACUCCCUCCCUCCCAGGCCAAGGUCGUUCACGCCGAGCCUUCCAGCGACAAGCCCUUCGCCCCAUCCUCCUCCCUGAUUUUCCCAGAGGACGACGCUAGGCCGAGCAUCCGAGGUCUAAGGCAACACAAACGGACUUAACAUCUUGUUCUUUGCCUCACGCACUGCGAGAUCAGCCUUCACUGACCCUCGGCGACCCAGUCGUGUGCAAGGACUCUCUUGAUCUCGCCCUUGCGCAAGAUCAAUCCUGUGAUUUUUCGCCCGUUUUGCGCGUCCUUCAGUGUUCGAUCACUUGAAGCCCUUGACGAAUCCAACACAGUGUCACUCGAUACACUACUUCGAUACACUUUUCUGGUCUUGAACUUCUCGCCAACGCCCUACGACUCUUCACUGCAUUCGUAUCGUUGCGUUUGAGACAUCGUUCGACCACGCCCCCUUACCUUCCCGCGACAAUUUAGACUCUCCGGACGAUAAACUUGGAACCUCUUUAUGGCGCAGGCAUCUCACUAAGACACCAUCUUUCUUUGCCUUUAACCCCACGACUCUUCAGCCUUGGAAUUUUCUGCCGGCGAACAGUGGCGCUUCCACGUAGCUGAGCUUGACCUCCAGGUGCUAGAAGCAGAUCGCCCCACCCUUCACCUUCCCCGAGAUCAUCCUUCCACCCACCAGCUCCGCAGCAAUCCGACAAGAUGCCUGGUGGAGGUGUUUGUGCUGUCCUCGACUACGAGGUCGACAUGAUGGCCGAAUACGUUGCUGAGAUGGCGGUCGAGCUGAUCACCCCUCGAUCCGCCGUCACACCCGCUUUCCGAAAGUUCUGCUCUCAAAUCCUGUCUUCCACGCGUCUCCCGAAGACGACCAUCCUCCUCGGCAUGAACUACCUCUCUAAGCGAGUGAACGGCAUCAGGAUGUCCGGGGCUUCUUUCCACCCGCACGAGGGCCAAGUCUGGCGAAUGUUGACCAUUGCCUUGCUCCUCGGCAGCAAGUUUCUCGACGACAACACUUUCCAGAACCGCUCCUGGUCUGAGGUGUCCGGUAUCCAGGUCGCGGAGCUGAACAAGCUCGAGGCCGAGUGGCUGGUCGGCAUCGAGUGGAAUCUCUAUGUGGAUCUUGACCGGAGCCAGGACUACAAUGCUUGGUUGGAGAAUUGGGGCGAGUGGGUGGCCAGGAAGAAGAUGGCGCACACUCUGGCCAGCCGCGAGAGACUCGCAGCCCUGGUGACUCCCAUCCAGACCGACUUCAACCGUCCCGUCCGUGCCCACGAGUACGAUGUCUGGCAUCAGCAGCAGGUCGCCGAGUACGAACGUCUCUCCAGCCUCAAGCGGAGCGAGCAGGCCCAGCAACAAUCUGCAUACCGUCCCCAAGAGAUUUCUUGGAACCAGUUCUCGACUGGCCCAUGGUCAAGCGCUCCGCUCACGCCUCCCGAUUCUGGCUACGGCACUCCCGAGUACCCUACCUCUGCGACAUCGGGCAAUGGCCAGUUCUACGGCGACUGGUUUAACCGAGCUUUUGCCAACGACUUCCAGGGCCACCGCUACUCGCGCCAGAACUCGGUUCCCAACGUCUACCAUCACCCUCGCCACUCUCACUAUCCUGGUUACUAUAACGGCCAGAAUAUCUGGGAGAUGAACGUUGCCGAGUGCAACUGUGCUAACUGCACUGGUCCCUUUGGCGCCAAGUCUCAGCAGCCCUACUUUAUGGCAGCUCCUGCCUACGGCCAAGCUGUUCUGGGUUAA